AUGAAGGGGAAACAGAAGUCUUGGAUCCUGGCCGGACUCAAGCACUUGAAAGCACCGAUUGUUUUUGCAACUUUGGUCGCUUUGCUUUUCCAAGUCGAUGGUUUGAAUUGGGACAAGCCGUCAGACCAUGUGGAGACAUUUGCGGGAAAGAUGGCUUGCACCAGAGCCGAGUGGGAGGCCAAUCGUGUUGCAGUUCCAUUGGACUUGGAGCUGGGUCAAAACAACAACUUGCUUACCAAUGAUGGAUUUUGCAAUGCGUUGUACCACAUCUGCAACACCAAGCCGGGGUCUGGGCAUAUGACAGCUCCAGUCUGUUCCUCAUGGGUGUUUCUUUCUCGUGGAAGCACUCUUCGGAGUGCUUCCCGGCCACUUGGGCGCUCGGACAGCAAAGCGGUGGAGGAUGGUAAUAUCCUUGCGGCUAGAGCUCUGGUUCUGUGCUUACUAGCCAGUGCCAAAGCCAUGUUCUGGUGCCUAGAGCAGCCAGCAAGCAGUUUGAUGUACCUACACCCAUGCUUCCAAUUCCUGAUUCGCUUGCUUGGAAUGCACCGGCUCCGGGUCAACAUGAGCAAUUAUGGGGCCCCUACAAAAAAAGCAACUCUCUUAUACAGUAGCCAUGCUUGUCUUGAUGACAUUCAAAACUAUACCGUGGAGGAACGACUUGAACAGCGUGAAAUGGCAGUUCGCUAUGUGAACCAGAAAGGGGAGAACAGGGUUCAUGGUGGAAAACACCUUCGUGCUUCUCAAGCUUACCCAGAUGAGUUUCUCAGAUUACCAUGUCAAGAGAAAGUCUGCGAAUGA